UAUGUGCAACAUUUCCGACAUUUUUCGUCCGCGGUUGGCGAUCCGAUCCGCCUUUCUAUGUAAACUCGCCACCGCAUUCCACCUUCCUUCUCAUCCCCACCCCCCUGCUCCUGUCCUCCUCCUCUGCUGCCCACCACCAAUCUCUCUCUAUUUCCGGUGGGCUCAGUGCCGGACAGAAAUCCAAACCAAGUGGAUCCGUACCCUAGCACCGCUCCUCCUCCUCCUCCUCCUCCUCUUCCUCCUUGGAAGUCGAAAGUCGAAAGUCUAAAGCUCGGCUUCGGUUUUCUCUACUUCUCCUUUAAUGAUUUGAUCUCAUUCCCUUCUUCGGAUCGCGAGUUUAAAGGUUAAUGUCUUGCUCACGCUGAGAUUUGGCUCUCCUGUGCCAAGAUCUCUGUUCAAGAUGCAAGGAAAGCAUUACACGCCUCCACCACCACCGCCACCACCACCUCAACUCUCCGAUUCCAAUAGGCGGAUCAUUGACUCUAAUGGCUCAGCUAAGCAAGUCUAUCAAGUCUGGAAAGGAAGCAACAGGUUCUUCCUUGGAGGCAGACUCAUAUUUGGUCCAGAUGUUAGAUCAUUGUUAAUUACAGUAUUUCUGAUUGUAACUCCAGUGAUCUUGUUUGAUGCUUUUAUUUAUCAAAGGCUGGCUACUGAGUUUUCCCACCAUCUUGGCAGUCUUAUAUCAGCAAUUUCUGCUAUACUCACAAUAUAUAUUGUCAUUCUUCUGUUCCUUACAUCUGGAAGAGAUCCAGGAAUUAUUCCUCGGAAUCCUCACCCUCCUGAGCUGGAAGAUGAAGGUGAUGUCCCUAGCUUAACCGCAGACUGGGCAGGAAAUCAGAGUGGUGCUCCAAGUAUACCACCCACAAAAGAUGUCCUUGUCAAUGGGAUGGUGGUCAAGGUCAAGUACUGUCACACAUGCAUGUUAUAUCGACCACCACGAUGCUCUCAUUGUUCUAUUUGCAAUAAUUGUGUUGAGCGGUUUGAUCACCAUUGCCCAUGGGUAGGGCAAUGUAUUGGGAUGAGGAAUUACCGAUUCUUUUUCAUGUUCGUGUCCUCCACGACUGUGCUGUGUCUAUAUGUUUUUGCAUUCUGCUGGGUAAACAUCAGGAAAAUUAUGGAAGUUUAUCAUUGUAAUCUUUGGAAAGCUUUUCUGAAAUCCCCUGUUUCAGGCAUCCUCAUAUUAUACACAUUCUUGGCUGCUUGGUUUGUUGGAGGACUGACAGCAUUUCAUAUUUACUUAAUUUGUACCAACCAGACAACUUAUGAAAAUUUCAGAUAUCGGUAUGACAGAAAGAUGAAUCCAUAUAAUCUUGGAUGGUUUCGGAAUGUCUGGGAGAUCUUCUUCUCUAAGAUUCCCAGUUCUAAAAACAACUUCAGGGCCAAAGUAAAAGAGGACUCAUCUUCUGCCUUCAUCACAUCAUUCUCAAUCGGCCGUGUCAUGAGCCCAGAGAUGCCUAAAAGAAGCUUUGACAUAGAGGCGGGUGGGAAGCGUCAGGCUGUUGCUGCAGAAGAGUUUGAAGAUAUACAGAGUCAAAUUGAGAGAGUAGCUGCUUUAGAGAGAUGUGGGACUCAACCAAGACAUACCAACUGGGUUCAGAAAGGAAACUGGGAGAUCACACCUGAGUUACAUGCAUUGUCUGCCGAGUUUGGAAUGGAACACGGUUUAACAGAUAGAGAAAAGAUCCAUGGGGGCCAUUAAGGGUGAUUGUACAGAAAGAUUAAACUUGAUUGAAAGGGGGUUUUUAUUUUGUUCUGGGAGUUGGCACUGGAGAUUUAACUUAUAUUACUGGAACUCAGUAUAUAGAUACCUGGACCACAAGAAGUGGGAAGAUUUCUACUGAUUGCCUCAUAUGGAGGUGUUGCUUUGAUUAAGAAGAUGGCAAGUGGGGUUUUGUUUCCUUUUUUUAUUUUUCUAGGGAGGGGAGGGGUUUCGGGGCCCUGCUUCAAAUUAUUUUGUACAUUGGAACUGUUUUGUAGUAAAAAGGAGAUUUGAUGGUUACAUUCC